AUGUUUGUAAACAUCUACGUGUCCAUCUUGCUAGCUUUCCUCGUUUACUGUUAUGUAAAUCACAACAAUGAGUUCAAUGCGACAGCGUCAGUCAUACAACAGAUCUGGUCGGGAGACUGCAGGUUGUCAUGCAGACAGAGUGAGAAUAGCGGCAUCAGUGGUUUAAGUGGGUUAAGGCAGGGAGUGUUCCAGGAGUCUACUCUACUACUAGACCGGGACAGGCCAGGUCCCAGCGCUUGUGUCUGCGAUACUUGCCCUUGCGCGGUUUUAGAGAAAAUUCUGAUUAUUUGCAGUCCCGUUAGAAAUUUAUAUUCUCAGUUAAUAGAUCUGAUGUCCUCUUACUACUGUGACUUCGUGACUAUGGUGACGGAUAUGUUGAGUCACUUGGAACAAAUAGCACACUGUGGAGCUACGUGUCGGAGACAGUCACGGUUGACAUCUUUAAAACUGGACUCCGCUGAAAACAUCAACUUUACAAAUUCAACAGCCGUGAGAAAAGAUUCGUUGAAAGCCAACAAAGAUCUGUUAAACAUAAAACAAUCUGCAAUAUCUUUCCGAAAAAAGUCUGAAGAUGAAUUGAAAAAGAUAGAACUGCGAUCCAGUACAGGAGCUCACGAUAUAGCAGUGAACCUACCCACGGAUAAUCAGAAGACUGUUUCUGAAUCAGGGGAAUCAAUUUCAUCUUCGAAAAAUUGCUCAAAGUGCAUCGAGAAGGGCAAAUGUAUGCCCCUCGGUGACCCCAGUAAUUACUGUGAUUAUAGUGAAACAGAUUCAGCAGGACAAGGCACUAAAUGUUCUCUGUGCGACGUUUACUUACUAUGGACAAGACUCGCGAAAAACACAGCAAGAGCUGUAGACUUCGUGUUCCGUGCACUGAAAGUUGCUCUCUAUCAGACUAAACUUAAGAUAUUUUUUGCCGUUCGAUCCACGAAUGGUCUUAAAGCGGGAGAGGAGGCGGUUGAUGAAGUUAUAGAAGAUGAAAUAACUCACAAACUUGGUGAAGACCUGAUUCAGAGUCUCGAGAGGAAGUUUCAGGUUGACCUUGAAAGGUCCAUGGAUAUGGUACUCACGAAGAUAAAGUUACUGCUGCAAAACGGUACACAACACAUUCAGGAUAAACUGGCACAUAUACAAGAAACUUUGAAUAUGAUGAAGGUCAAUGGAGAAAACCAGGUGGAGUCAUGUCUGUCAAAGAAGCAGAAUGAGACAUCAGGUUUGGCGGAGAAGGCGCUCCAUCAAAUGGUGGUGUGUGGGUACGCAUUGAUAGGACAGGACCCUGGACAGGCUGUCCGAAAAGUAGCGCUCUUGAAGAAUAUGAUCGGUCAAGGCAUUAAACCGUUACUCGAACAAAAGAAAGAGAUUUAUAGGCUUCUAAAAGUCUGCGGACACGACCACGACUCUUUGAAGAAGGUCAUAAAAUGCGUCAUAUCGAAGUCGCCACUUAUAAAGUCAACUAUGAUGGAGAUCAGUGGCAAGUUAAUCGAUGGUGUGGUGGAUCUGACUAAACUGAUGGCCCAUGGAGCGAUGCAUGAAGCGUGUCUCAUAGAAGUCAUUAAAACCAUAGAAGAUGAAGCUUCGGAACUGGUCAAAGAAAUAGGUAAAUGUGCCUUCGGUGACACAAAUCAUGUUGUAGAUAACUUUAUAAAUGAAAACAAUGCAACUAUAUUGGACGUAUACAAGAAAUAUAAUAACGGUACUAAAGUACCUGAAAUGCAAGAAAUGCUGACCAAAAUGUUACGAGGUGAACAGGAACAGAGGGAAGAAAUACAAAAUCAAUUUCUUAAUCUCAAAUCUGAGGACACGAACGUGGUCUAA